AUGGAAAACAACGAUUCUUGGAUCUCGCAGCUCCUGCAGACUGCCAUGUUUGAGCUCGAUACUCUGGUGGGAAGGGCGUUGAUCGAUGAUAUGGCCAAGAUUCUUCCGUUGACCUUAUACGGGGCCUUCACCCCAACACAGAUGUCCCCCGCGCAUGCGACAGCCCUACCUGAUCCACCUCACGAACUGCCCGUGCUUGAUCCCCUCGAGGAUUCGACGAUGAAUUUCGAGGAUUUCCUCGGCUUCGAUUUCUUCAAUCACAUCGGCGUGUCUGGCCUAUAA